UCUCUGCGCGCGUGUCGCCGGUGGGUGACGUCAGAGCGGCGACGUGUCAGUCAUGGCUGCCGAUAUAACACUAUUAUUCAAAGCGAGCGUGAAAACGGUGAAAACGCGCAAUAAAGCGCUCGGACUGAUCGAUUCUUCCAGCAGAGAGGAACCCAGCGGAGCGAAGAGAGCGAGAGCGAGAGACAGUUUCAGCGGGAGAGCCAGAGAAGUGAUCUCAAACAUCUCAAAGCUGAAGGACUUCCUGCUGCAGCACAGGAAGGAGUAUGUGAACGCCGGCAGGUCCUGUGUUCAUCUGUCACGGAUCUCAGCAUGUGUGUCCCGUAUGACGGACAGCGAGCGAGAUCAGAUCGAUCAGGAUGCGCAGAUCUUCAUGAGGACCUGCGCAGACGCCAUCGGCCAGCUGCGAUCUGAGAUGGGCAAACAGGUGGUCUCCACACAGGUGAAGAAUCAUCGUGCAGCAGUGCUGGAUCUGAUCGAGGCGUAUCUCAGAGGUGUGUGUAAGCUGUAUUCUGAACAGAGAGCUGUACGUGUGAAGAGAGUCGUGGACAAAAAGAGAUUAUCCAGAUUAGAACCGGAGCAGAUCAGUCACAACAAACAGCAGAGCGACGGAGAGGAGAACAGCGAUAAACCGGUCUCAGACAGUAAUGUGGAUCUGUGGGAGGACAACAGAGUUGAUGAUGAUCUUUCACCAGAGGAAAUACAGAUGUUCGAGCAGGAGAAUCAGAGGCUGGUUGGGGAGAUGAACAGUCUGCUGGAUGAAGUCAGGCAGAUCGAGGGGAAGGUUGUGGAAAUCUCUCGUCUGCAGGAAAUCUUCUCUGAGAAAGUCCUACAGCAGGAGACUGAGAUCGACAGCAUUCAUCAGCUGGUUGUUGGUGCCACAGAAAAUGUGAAAGAAGGAAAUGAAGAUAUUAGAGAGGCGAUCAAGAAUAACGCCGGGUUCCGUGUCUGGAUUCUGUUCUUCCUGGUCAUGUGCUUGUUAUUGCUGUUUUUUGUGUGGUGGGACGGCUGAGCCACGAACCCCACCGGAUCUCUGUGUGUGUGUGUGUGUGUGUGUGUGUGUGUGUGAGAGAGAGAGAGUUAUCAGUUAUCAUUCUAAGAAUCAUCUGAAUGUGGAACAUAUUAAAUAAUAUUCAAUAAAGCAUUCCCAGUUCA